AUGUUUUCAAAUACAAGCUUCAGCAAUACAUCCUCAGCAUCUCUCUGGGAUUUCCCGGAUUAUCAGACAGCUGUUGGUUUUUGGAAGUACCUCUCUCCCGUUCUUUUAGUUAUUGGUGCGCUGGGAAAUACUGCAAGCAUUGCUAUCCUUACACGCCGAUCAUUUCGGAAAUCCACGUGUAUGUUUUAUCUAACUGUGUUGUCAGUCGCGGACUUACUGGUUCUCUACACCGGACUUCUACGAUUUUGGAUUCGCUCGGCAUUUUCCGUCGAUAUUCGGACUUUCUCGGUCUGGGGUUGUAAGAUUCAUGCUUUUCUAGUGUAUUUUGCCAUGGACUUUUCUUCCUGGAUUUUGAUGACCGUCACGCUAGAUCGGUGUGUACUAGUGUGCUUUCCAUUUCGAGCACGACUGUUUUCCACGAUGAAGAGAGCUCCGUACGUUCUUCUGAGUUUAGUGCUACUUUUAGUUUUUGUCAAUAGUCACUUCUUUUCCACUGUUACCAUUAAAGACACACACUGCACUUACAGAAAUAAACUUACCAUGAAGGUCUGGCCUUGGGUUGACUUGAUUGUAUGCAACCUCAUCCCGUUUUCGGUCAUGUUAGUGUGUUCAAUUAUGAUUUCUCGGAAAGUUCUUCAAACGAACAAGCGUGUCGCUGUACAGAGAGUGAGAACUAUAUCAGAAGGAAGUGAUGUUCAGCCCAGUAACAAGAAAAUUACGAAGACGUCCUCGGUCACAAUCAUGCUUCUGACCAUCAUCCUGUCUUUCUUUCUGCUAACUCUUCCUCUGGUUGUCUUCAAUAUAUCCUAUCCUUACUGGAUUCAAACAGCCACCACAUCAAAACUCGCAUCUUUAGAGCUGGUUCGAACUAUUUUUAGUAUGCUAUUGUAUAUAAAUCACGUGAUUCAUUUUCUUUGCUGUCUCUCUGGAAGACGUUUUCGAAGAGAGGUGGAAGAUGUUUUAUGUUGCUACAGAAAGCACCAAUCUGACGGUAAUAGGACUCAUGUUACAAUUAAUUAA